GCAGUGGAGCCGAGCCGAGUCGUGUACUUGCCUGCAGCAGUAUUCGAGAGGGGUGGUGGCGAGGGAGGGCGCGAGGGAGCGCGCGGGCAGAGAGUCAGAUCACGAUAGAAAAUCGCUACAAAAGUCCAUUGGGGAGAGCGGGGACGGGGCCCGUGUGUGUGUGAUAAUAUUCCACCGGGAGUCGGGGAAUUGAGGGUCGACCCUGCCGCGACGAAUGUUCAGACGGAGCUGGUUGCUUGACAUUUUGACCAGACCCGUGAGCUAGGGAGGCCAGCCCCUUCAGGAAGAAGAGGCUUUUGAGCAGUGUUGCUCAGUGGGUGGAAGGUUUUGUCCCGGAGACGCGCGACGGAAUAAGAGCUGGCUCAUGGCAAGUGACGGUGUGUGAAUGAUCGGGAGUGAUUCUGGCAGUGGUUGAACUCUGAAGCGAACCAAAUGACGAAGAAUCCUAAGCUCCGAGUGACUGUUCCCCGACAGGAAACGCAAAUCUCCGAUUUCUUGACGGCUAGUGGGACAUUUCAGGAUGGCGACAUUUUGUUGAACAGAUCAGGACUACGGCUUGCAAAUCCCUCUGCCGCAGCAGAGCCUACUCCUACGGCUGCCUCAGAUGGCCAAAUGUUAUUGGAAGAUCUGGAAACUGUGAAAGUGAUUGGCAAGGGAAGCAGUGGUGUGGUUCAGUUAGUACGUCAUAAAUGGACGAACCAAAUUUUUGCUUUGAAGAUCAUCCAAAUGAAUAUCCAAGAAACUGUCCGCAGACAGAUUGUGCAGGAACUUAGAAUCAACCAGUCUGCUCAGUGUCAGUAUGUCGUUGUAUACUAUGAUGCGUUCUACAACAAUGGAGUAAUAUCAAUCUUGUUGGAGUACAUGGAUGGAGGGUCUCUGGCAGAUAUAGUCAGGAGAUCUCAAGUCCCAGAACCGUAUCUGGCUGUCAUCAGUAAGCAGGUCCUGCAGGGAUUGAUUUACCUGCAUCAUAAUCGUCACAUCAUUCACCGGGACAUCAAACCAUCUAACCUUCUCGUUAACCACAACGGCGACGUUAAGAUUUCUGAUUUUGGCGUGAGUGCCGAUUUGGCCAACUCCAUGGGACAACGAGACACCUUUGUCGGUACAUGUACUUAUAUGUCUCCAGAAAGAAUUAGCGGGAGCACAUAUGGAUUUGACAGUGAUAUUUGGAGCUUAGGAUUGACCUUACUGGAAUGCGCUCUCGGUCGCUUUCCCUACCAGCCCCCUGGAAAUGAGGAGGGAUGGAGCAACUUUUAUGAGCUUUUACAAACCAUUGUUGAACAACCACCACCUGUUGCUCCACCCGGUCGAUUUUCUCCUGAAUUUUGCUCUUUUAUCGCCGCUUGCAUGCAGAAGGAGCCGCGAGAGCGAAUGUCGGCAGCAGAUCUCCUGAACCAUCCUUUUCUGAGGAGAUACGAAAACGAGGAAGUCAAUUUGGCAAGCUUGAUACCAGAGAUGUCAACUUCUACAUAGUUGCUAACUAUUGCGCCGCUUCUGCUUUAUUUCUUAGAAGAUGAUGAAAUCUACAAGUAGAUGGUUGGUUUCGAGAACCUAAAAGCUUAAGCUGUCCUACCUGUUCACGAGCUCCUUAGCCGUUUCAGCUACCAAAUCCAAUGUCACUGUUUUAUCUUAUAUUCCAGAAGUGUUGGCUGGUAGUAUGGAUCUGCGUUGCUAUCCGUGCUUCUUAACAAUGUCAGAUGAUUGCAUCUGAAUUGGGUUUGGAUUGAUGAAGGUAGGUAGAAUUUUUACACUGCCCGAAGAUAUAUUCUAGGUCUAGCGAAUUUGGUUUUUAGUAAUCCGAGACCAACAGACAAGGGGUGGUUUUAAAUUCUGGAUUUAGUCAGGUGGAAUGGGGAAUUGACUCCAGCAAAUAGAGUUAAGUCGUGGAGGAAUGGGGUAGGAUUUUUCGGUUUUAAUGUUUUCAAUACGUGUAUAGUUGAGUACUUUCCGUCUUCACUUCUCUUCACCUGGGUACAGUUCUUCGUACGUCAGUUGCAGCGGUGUAUUGCUAUUGGACAUUUGAAUGUCUUGUACUCGAUGCCAUUGUAGUAAACUCAUAUUCCAGU